AUGCGUAUACGAAUUACUAGUCCGAGUGCUAACUACAACAACUGGCGUCGCGGUCGUUUUGAACCAAUGGAUUCCUGUGAUUUGGAGAACCUAAAUAGACAUACCAGUGCACGUGAAGUCGAAGAUUACCUUGCACGAUUCGAGAUUUGGUGUAUUACACGGGAAGGACUCGAAGGAGAAUGCAAAACGGCUAAUUUUCUAACGGUUAUCGGAAAGGAUGCAUAUUUACCGUUGAAGAAUUUGGCUUUUCCUGACACUCCUACAUCUUUGUCGUAUGAAUCCUUGAAAACCUUGCUGCUGAAACAUCUACAGCCAGCUAGUUUCGAAGCCGCUGAGAGAGCCAAAUUUCAUUCUUUCACACGUGGUGGAGGCCAAACCAUACGUGAAUUCAUUCUCCAGCUGCAAACUCAAGCAUCGCGUUGUAAUUUUAGAGAUCAACUACAAAUCCAGCUGUAUGAUCGAUUAGUUGCUGGUAUUAAUUGCCCUUAA